UAAGAGCAAGUCGUCUCCGUGUCCUUUCUUAUUUCUUUCCUGUAGUCAGUGUGAGUCCGAAUGGCAGUCUGAUCCUGACGUGGUGGCGCCCUAUCGGUUUUUUAUCUUGAAAACUGACAAUGCGGGCGUCUCUCUGCAUAAAAGGCCUCAUCUUAUGCUUCUUUCUCAAGACCAAAUCUUUCUGUUCAAACCAGCUCCCCUGUCUACUCUCCACGAUAUAUAAUUCCCCUUUCCUUCCUUCGCCGGGGUUUGUUGCAGUGAUUUUGUUGAGACCAGGGCUGCUUCUGAUUGCUGUUUCCCCUCCUGGUAAUUAAUGAUCAAAUUCAACAACAGCGGAAGUCACAGCAGGCUGAGGCUUCCUAGGUUUUAUGGCCUUGACUGGGAUUUGUGCAAUUUGUGAGAGAAGAGACUAUUUUAGAGGCAUACAAAAUACUCUACAUAAGAGAACUGAGAGAAACUACUACAAGAGAACUUUUGGUAUGGAAUCAAACUGGACAAAAUACAGGAAACCCUUGGCAUUUACCGAUCAAGUGAUUCGAUCUGCAACUUCUUUUAUGCCUUGGUCCCUUAAAAUCCCUAUAAGUGAUAGCCGUCAUGGAUUUCUUUGAUCAAGUAUUCAUUGUUUACAAGGUCCUGAUAGAUUCUACGGAGAUAUAAUGAAUUACAAGAAUCGUCUCCAUCUCGAUUCAUUUAUAGAAAAUGCCUGGUUUUUGCGAGUAAGAAGGGAUUCUUAGACACAAGCAUGUCUUUCUUCACUUUGAUCACACAAGAUAAUCCUCUAGUGCAUUCAAAGAGCAACCCUGUAGUAGAUUCAAGGGUUGCUCAUGAUAUUGAUGUCCUCAUUGUACCUGGAUUGCCCGAUGAUGUGGCAAAGUAUUGCCUUGCACUUGUUCCUCGCCGCUACCUCCCAGCUAUGGGUGCUGUUUGCAAGAAAUGGAGGUCAUUUCUUAAAAGCCAAGAGUUCAUCACUGUGCGAAAAUUAGCUGGCUUGCUUGAGGAAUGGCUAUAUGUCUUAACUAUGGAUUCUGAAGGAAAAGAAAGCCACUGGGUGGUUUUGGACCGUUUGGGACACAAACGCCAGCUACUUCCACCAAUGCCUGGUCCUACAAAGGCUGGGUUUGGGGUUGUUGUUCUAAACGGAAAGCUUCUUGUUAUGGCUGGUCAUUCAUUGAUUGAUGGGACCGGCACUGCAUCAGCAGAUGUUUAUGAAUAUGAUUGCUGCCUCAACAGUUGGAGUAAAUUGUCAAGAAUGAAUGUUGCCCGGUAUGAUUUUGCCUGUGCAGAGGUUAACGGCAAGGUUUAUGCUGCUGGGGGAUAUGGAAUGGAUGGAGAUAGUCUCUCCAGUGUUGAGAUGUAUGAUCCUGACACUAACACAUGGACCAUGAUAGAGAGUCUUCGCCGCCCAAGAUGGGGUUGCUUUGCCUGUGGCUUUGAGGGCAAGCUUUAUGUCAUGGGAGGAAGGUCAACCUUCAGCAUAGGCAAUUCAAGGUCUGUGGACGUGUACAAUCCAGAAAGGCACAGCUGGUGUGAGAUGAAGAAUGGUUGUGUGAUGGUUACUGCCCAUGCUGUUCUGGGAAAGAAACUCUUCUGUAUGGAGUGGAAGAACCAGCGGAAACUAGCAAUAUUCAAUCCAGAGGAUAGUUCUUGGAAAACGGUAGCUGUUCCAUUGACAGGGAGCUCAAGUAUUGGUUUUCGUUUUGGAAUCCUUGACGGGAAACUUCUAUUAUUCUCGCUACAGGAAGAACCAGGUUAUCGAACUCUGCUGUAUGAUCCUAAUGCUUCUGCAGGUUCCGAAUGGUGUACUUCUGAGAUAAAGCCUUCUGGAUGCUGCUUGUGCAGCGUUACCAUCAAGGCAUGAAAUGAUGCCCUUGUAAGGAUCGAUCUGUACGUUUAUAGUCUUCUUGUAUAUGCCUCAUGUUUCUCUGUUUUAGUUACACAAGCAGUGUUGUAGAGUUGCUAGCCUUCCACAGUCCAAACCCCUGUACGCUUCAGUUCAGUUCAGAAGUUAAGAGUAGAUAAUAAUAUUAAUAUCGAUAUUUUAUUCA